AGUAACAACACAAAAUAUUACAUUUAAGCCAAUCACAUUCCCGUUUUUCUCUCGCAUCCAAGAGCACCCGGUCGCGGUUUCUUUCUCUCUCACUCACUUUGUGCGGUGCAACUCGUCCAAAAUUUUUAUUAUAAAAAUUUAAACAAAACACAAAAUUGCCAAGCGAAACCGGUCAUCAUCAAUGUUUGUUGGGUCUCACAAGGCAGAGGAGGGGAAAUAAGAUUCCUAAUCGCAGAAAACGAAGACACGCAUCACUCCAAGACAGCGGAAACUCAAAACGCCAUCGUCAAUCUGAGUACCGGGUCUAUGGUCUGUGGUGGCUGCAUUAUCAUCUGUUGUUCAUCUGGUUGAAUCAACAUCUUUUGUCGCCCAUCAUUAACAUCAGCACCAGCAACAGCAACAUCAUUGUCGUCAUCAUCUCCAAUACACACGACCCUAACUACAGCUACAGCCGUAGCGGCAGACACAACAGCAGUUAGUAACGCCGAUACCCUUGCCAUGGCCAGCAACAUGCACAAUACCCGUUUGUUGAGAUUCUUAAUUGUGGUGACCAUUGUUGUUCUUACCAUAUUCAUAUAUGCGUCGUAUUCAUCAACGCAAACACUGUCGCCGCCACCCAUGCGCAAUUCAGCGGCAGCCUCACUGAUGGCCUUCUCAAUGACAACAAACAAUCGCAGCAACAACAAUGAAGGCAGCCUGGAGGCAGGUGUCUUAAAUUCUUUGCCAUACGAUGGGCAUAAUAAAGCGACGAAUGUCAAGAACAGCCGGGCGGUGGGGCUGACACAUUACUCAAAUUUGCCACCGGGCGGGGGUGGCAGCCAUGGCGGCGAGGUGGUUUUAAUUAAAAAAUUAUCACACCACAGGGAGCCCACCAUUGAUGAAAAUGCCAUCGAUGGAGGUGGCGAAGUGGGGGGUGUGGGUGUUGUCGGAGCCAGUGGUGCUAUGGCCGAUGAUGUUGUGGCUGAUGACACAGCCCUGGAGCAUUUUAAUAAUAACAACAAUGAUCUUCUGCAGGAGGAGCAAUAUGUGCAAUCGGUUGAUAACAAUUUAGGAAAUAUAAACAACUCCGUAUCAUCUGCCGGUACUGGUGUGGCAUCCGGUACCGGCGAUGCGAAACGACAUAAAUCACCUGAAGGCUUAGACCAGCAAUCUUAUUCAAAUAAUCAUCAUCAUCAUGAGCAGCAGCAACAACAACAACCACAAAAACAACUGGAGCAUCGGCAGUCACAAUCUAACACCAACAAUCUUAACAAAAUACCAGACUCAGAUGUUCUCAUACCAACGUCCAAUUUGCAAAAAUUUAUUGAAAGCGCUGAUAAGAUAUUGAAAAAUAUCACAAAUCAGCAACAACUGACACCCACCAGUGAAGCGAAAGCGCCUGAAAAAUAUUACUUACCAUUGGAUCCUGCCAACGAUGAUAAUGAUUUACUUGAUGAUAAUGACGAAGCUUUACCACCUUCGGUGAUAAUGACCAUUAAAGGAGGAGCGGGCUCCUCAAUAAACAACCCAAGCCAGAUUGAAGUCAAACAACCACAAAAAGCAGUAGCAGCAGCUGCACCGGCGCCGGCAGUGCCCGCUGUCUCACCCGGUAAUUCGGCAAAAAUCACAUCGACAACUAAAAAAGUGCCAAAGGUACAAGCCGAUCCCACACAAGGUAUACCCACGGAGCAAAUUUACGAGCCUGGCCAUAUGAACGAAGAAAUCGAUGUGGAACAAAUUUGCCCCAACAAGGGCAACAAACUGAAACUUCUAAUACUCAUAACAUCAGCACAAACCCAUACCGAAGCAAGAUUGGCGAUACGACAGACCUGGGGCCACUUUGGCACACGCCGAGACGUUUCCACCGCUUUUAUUCUGGGCCGAACCACAAAUGCCACCGUUAGCGAGGCCUUAACGCAAGAGAAUAUAAUCUAUGGCGAUUUGAUAAGAGGCAAUUUUAUCGAUUCCUACAACAAUCUAACCCUCAAGACGCUCUCAUCCUUAGAAUGGGUGGACCAACAUUGUCCCAAGGCUAAAUAUAUACUUAAGACCGACGAUGAUAUGUUCAUCAAUGUACCUAAACUCUUACAAUUCCUGGAUGCCCACUCGAAAGACAAGCGGGUGAUCUAUGGGCGCUUGGCCAAAAAAUGGAAACCCAUACGCAAUAAAAAAUCCAAAUAUUAUAUAUCAACGGGGCAAUUCAAUGCCGCUGUCUUUCCCCCCUUCACAACGGGACCAGCCUAUGUCUUGACCAGUGACAUAGUGCACGAACUGUAUGAGAAAUCCCUGGAGCAGGUCUAUUUGAAGCUGGAGGAUGUUUUCACCACGGGCAUCGUGGCCCAACUGUUGGGCAUAAAACGAGUGCAUGUCAAUGAAUUUCUGAAUCGGCGCAUAGCCUUCAAUCCCUGCAAUAUAAGGAAGUCGAUAUCAGUGCAUAUGAUAAAGGCAAACGAACAAUUCGAUUUGUGGAAGAAGCUGCUGGACCAGACCACAAAAUGUAAAUAGUAUUUUAGUGUUAGACUCUUCUAAGGCUCCCAAACUCCUCCACACAUCGCAACACAAACAAGACACACACACACACAGCCACAACCCACAACUCAUUUACUAGCUGUAAGUUUUAUGAAAGAAAAAAAAAAAAGCUAUACCACAAACUAACAGAACCCGACUGACUGACGAAAAGACAAACAAACAAACCACAAAAACACAAGAUGAUCGGACGAACGUACGGACUUAAGGUCAAAUGAAAGCUUACUUUAGGAAGAAAAAAAUUUAACUUAGUUAAUUUUUUAAAAUAACUCAUAAAUGUGUAUAUUUUUUAA